GCCCGCGCCGCUGCCCAUCCCCGCCAAGGGAAGCCUGAAGGCAGGCAGCAUUAAGCGUGAAAUGACCUUCACUACAUUUCAACAGGAUGACCUAAAAAGUGACAUCAGUCAAAAAUUACCAGACCAACAGUUUCUCCUGUUGGCCAUGAGGGAGGAAGAUUUAAAAACUGCAGACACCAAAAAAACAAACAGAAUUCAUGAGCAUGAAAAAGAAAACACUCGUUCUGUCUGUCUUCUUGAACAGAAACGCAAGGUUGUUUCUUCAAAUAUUGAUGUGCCUCCAGCAAGAAAAUCUUCAGAAGAACUGGACAUGGAUAAAGUGACAGCAGCUAUGGUACUAACCAGUUUAUCCACCAGCCCUUUGGUUCACAGCCCUCCUGUACGGCCCAAUGAAUCCCUGAAUGGAUCUUGGAAAGAAGGAGGAUUUGUGCCUUCUAGUACCAGCAGUAGUGGAUACUGGAGCUGGAGUGCACCCAGUGAUCAGUCCAAUCCAUCCACCCCAUCUCCGCCUCUGUCUGCUGAUAGCUUCAAACCCUUUCGAAUGCCCUCUCAGGCAGAUGAUAGUAUUGAUGAAGCUGAAACCAGUAAUCUCCUUUUUGAUGAACCCAUCCCUAGGAAGAGAAAGAACUCCAUGAAGGUAAUGUUCAAAUGCCUAUGGAAAAACUGUGGAAAGGUACUGAGCACAGCUGCAGGGAUUCAGAAACACAUCCGGACCAUUCAUCUUGGACGUGUAGGAGAGUCUGACUACAGUGAUGGAGAGGAAGAUUUUUACUACACAGAGAUCAGGCUCAACACAGACUCGGUAGCGGAUGGCUUAAGCAGCCUUUCUCCAGUCUCUCCAUCUCUAGGAUCUCCUCCUCCUUUUCCCACCCAAGAUGCAAACCGUCCUGAAACUUCAUGUGCCAAAACUGAGACUAAAUUGAUGACGCCUCUGAGCCGCUCAGCUCCUACCAAUCUCUACCUCGUACACACGGAUCAUGCUUACCAGGCCACUCCUCCAGUGAACAUUCCAGGGUCAACAAAGUUCACUCCCAAUGGCCGUAGCUUUAGCGUCUCUUGGCAGUCACCUCCAGUUACCUUCACCGGCAUUCCGGUCUCACCAACUCAUAAUCGUCCUGCAGGGACUGGAGAGCCAAAACAACAGACCCACACAGUUCUCUCAUCACCGCCCAGAGUGUCGUUUGGCUUAAGGAAACCUAGAGGGGAGGGGAAAAAAUGCCGAAAAGUGUAUGGGAUGGAGAACCGAGAUAUGUGGUGUACUGCCUGCCGUUGGAAGAAAGCCUGCCAAAGGUUCAUCGACUAA